AUGAGGAUCGCCGUGGCUCUUGCUUGUAAUUUGACCUUCAUUUUUGUGGAUAUUGUUGUCACCACAGUAUUAUACGUUCGUGGUACUAGCUUGGAGGAUUUCUCAAAUGACGCACUAGAUUUCGAUGUUCACCGGUCAGUGUUGGAUCUUUGGGGGACUGUUCUGAUUCGCAGCUCCUUGCUACUGGGUGCUUCCAUCGGUGUAUGCUGGAACAGAGUCGAUGGUCCCAGGAGGGUAGUGGGACUUAGCUCACUAAAUGCUUUAAUAUGCCUCUCCAUCUUGACCUUUGCUCUAGCCAAAUUGCUGAUGUUCUCCGAGGAAGGGUCGGCAAUGUACGACCCUUGGUUUCUUAGUCUCCUAACAUGGACAUGCGUUUCUGCCAUAACCAUCAUGUUCUUGUGGAAACUGCUUGGAAAAAGCCCAAACACUGUUGCUGUUGGUGCUGAUAGAGAGGAGACAGAGAGGCUGGUGGAGCCGCUUAGUGACGGCUUCGAAAAUGAUGAAGGGGAGGAAGAAGGAGACAGAAAGAAGAGGAAAAAGAGGAAAGGAAUGAAGGAUGAACCUCGUUCAAGUGCAACUGUGGGCCGUUUGCUGUCAUAUUGCAAGAAGGACUCUCUGCUGCUAGCUGUUGCUUUUUUCUUCCUCCUUCUGUCUGCCGUGUGUGAGGCCUUUAUACCUUAUCUCACUGGACAAGCCAUCGAUGGUAUUGUCAUUCAUAAGAGUAUGGAGAAUUUCGUCAGGCCUGUGGUAACUCUCUCUGUGCUCGCCUUUGUCAGUUCGUUGGCUAUAGGUGUACGAGGAGGUGUGUUCACCUUAACGUUUGCCAGGCUGAAUAUUCGGCUCCGGAACCUUCUCUUCAGGUCGUUAAUGAGUCAAGACAUUGAAUUCUUUGAUGCUAACCACACAGGUGACAUUACUUCCCGCCUGACCUCUGACACUACGCAGGUGAGCGAUCUGAUCUCGCAGAACGUCAACCUCUUCCUACGCAGCUUCGUCAAAGGCGUGGGUUUUUUCAUCUUUAUGUUUGGAAUGUCGUGGAAACUGUCGCUCGUCACCCUCAUGGGCUUUCCGUACAUAGGUCUCAUUUCCAAACUCUACGGGGAAUAUUACAAGAGACUGACUAAAGAAGUUCAGACGUCGCUUGCUCAAGCCAACAAGGUAGCAGAGGAGACGAUCUCGGCGAUGAGGACGGUUCGUAGUUUUGCUAACGAGGAGCAGGAGGCGGAGUCUUACUACGCCAAGCUGCUUGAGGUGUUUCAACUCAACAAGAAGCAGGCCCUGGCUUACGCCUGCUACAUGUGGUCCAGCUGCAUUUCCGAACUGGCCCUACAAGUGGUCAUCCUGUCCUAUGGAGGUCACCUUGUAAUGUCCAAUCAGAUGAGUGGGGGGGCCCUCAUUGCCUUUUUCAUCUAUGAACUGGAGUUGGGCGAGUGUCUAGAAAGUAUAGCGUCGGUCUACACCGGUUUAAUGCAGGGUGUGGGAGCAGCCGAGAAGGUUUUCGAAUAUAUCAACAGGAAACCGAAACACCUCCCCCAGGGUCAAGAGGCCCCAGACGUGUUCAAGGGCCUGAUCGAGUUUAAGAACGUGACGUUCGCUUAUCCGACGCGCCCGGACACAGACGUACUGAAGGGCGUAUCGUUCUGUUCGCGGCCCGGGGAGGUGACCGCUCUGGUGGGUCCGUCGGGCAGUGGGAAGAGCUCCUGCAUCUCUCUGCUGGAGAACUUCUACACUCCUCAGCAGGGACAGGUGCUUCUGGACGGCCGACCGGUGCACGCUUAUCGGCAUGACUACCUUCACUCUCAGGUGGCUUUGGUUGGUCAGGAGCCCAUCCUCUUUGCCCGCUCUGUUCAGAAGAACAUUAGCUACGGCCUGAAGGACAUUCCUAUGGACGCCGUCGUGUCGGCUGCAACCAAAGCUAACGCUCAUGACUUUAUCACCGCUCUCCCCAAAGGAUAUGACACAGAUGUGGGUGAAAAGGGUGCCCAGUUAUCUGGAGGGCAGAAGCAACGCGUGGCCAUCGCACGCGCCCUGAUCCGACAGCCUCGCGUAAUCGUCCUGGACGAAGCUACAAGUGCUCUGGACGCAGAGAGUGAACACAUAGUUCAGCAAGCCCUGAAUGACAUCAUGCGAGAGCAUACAGUGUUAGUGAUCGCCCAUCGUCUGAGCACUGUGGAGAAGGCCCAUAACAUUAUUGUGAUUGACAAAGGGAUGGUGGUGGAGGAGGGGCCACAUGCUGACCUCAUGGCGAGGGGCGGGCUCUACUCUAAACUGGUCCAGAGGCAGAUAACAGGCAUUGAGACAGGGCUGGAGAUCCUCAACCCCCCCACAGAUUCUCCCCAGCUCCAAAAAGAGGAGGAGAAACAGAGCAAUGAGGAGAGUGGAGAGUCAGAUCACGAUGCCCGAUACUGA